UUGGCCUAAUGCCUAAUUAAUGCAUUACACAUCCACAGCCGCCGCAGCCGCUACCAGGUUCUCCUCUUUUUCUUCUUCUUCCCCGAUUCUAGCCACCGUGACCAUCGACUUCUUAUCUUCCGCUCUCCUCUAACCCUACCUAUUUCUUCUUUUGUGUUUUGAGCAAUCAUUGUUGUUAAUAAACCAUUCACCACUUGAAAGCGGAAACUCGUUAGUCUUUAACCUAAUCUGCCUGCCCUAGCUUCAAAUCGAUAUCUCAGAAGUUUCAAUAUUGAAAUCGCUGAGCGGAAUUGCCACCACAUCGCCCCGUUCCAACGCGCCAUCGGGCAGAAUAUUAUGGCUAAGCGGGAGCUUUCUAGUACAUUGAAGAACUUGAAGUUUAUGCAAAGAGCAGCUCAGAAAGACGAGAAAGAAAAGAAAGAAGAAGAGGUCCUGCCGGCGGGAGAUUUUCCUUCAUGUAGUGCAGCUAGGAAAUGUGUCGUUAUAAUGGAAGGCGAUCCUCAUCCUGGGCAAAAGAGCGGUCGCAUGUCCUUUUUAAGUUUUAACCCAUCCAUUGAUAAACUCAAUGAGGAAGUUACUGGCCAAGGCAAAAACGAAUAUACUGCCGCAAGUUCUGCAACAAAAAAUGAAACAUCAUCUAGCAGAGAACAUGGAUCCUCGACAGCAACGGACAACAUGGAAACGACUCAUUCAGCUGCAAAUGGAGAUCUCAAGAGGAAGCAAGCCGAAGUCGCCACUGAACCACAGCUCCCAAAUAAAAAGAAUAACAAGGGCAACCAUGGUUCAGCUCGUACUCACAGUCGCCAUCCCCAAAAGCACGAUAAACUUGAUUGGAACCUUCUUCGUCCUCCCAAGCCCCACAACAAAAGUAAGAGAUAAAAAUAUUCCAACAUAAUUCUUCUCCAAUGUUGAACCAUGUUUAGCUGAGGGCUGUCUCUUUAAGAUUCCUAUUUUUGUUGUAUUGCAAUUUUUCGGUUUGAAGUGUAUCGAAUAUUAUUAAGUUUGACACCACAUAUGAUCAAUUAAGGGUGUGUUUGUUUGGAGUA